AUGGAAAAGGUGGAACCGAGCGAUAGAUUGUCUGUCCGAAAAGUCAAUCGAAAUCUCCGCCAACUCAUUGAUGAAAUGGAUCCUGGAUUUAGAAGUAUUUCAGUUAAUAUUUCUACGCGAAACGGUGCCUUUGUUUCCUUUGGCCAUGGUUGCCGUGUUCACUACGAUCAAGUGCUAAAUGACUGCGAAAUUUAUUAUCAAAAGGAGAAGAAGAAGUUCAUCAAUGAAAAUGCUGUAAGAAUGGCAAUGAAUGACGUCAUCAGAGUAAUGAGUCAUCCUAAUUCAAAGGUGGACAUGUUCGCAACUGGAAUUUUAACAAAACGCGAGAUGAGUCUCCCUGGAACCGAAGCAGAAGUUAUGAGCUGUGUUGAUAUCAUGGUCAGAAAGCUCCGCUCAUCCAAAUUUCCAAAUGUGAAAAGCAUCGAUAUCAGUGGAUUGUCUUCACAAAUCUUGCAAAUUCUUCCGAGAUUCAAAGCUGGAAAUCUGGAAAGACUAACAUUGGACAGAAGAGGACCUAUGACGGCCGAAGAAAUGGGAAGAAUCUAUAAUACUAUAAUACUAUAAUAAAAUAAUAAUAUAUAAUACGGAGCAGUGGAAAAAUGCGAAAGAGUUGCACGCAAAACAUGGUUUCACGCGAGUUCCAAUUCAUCAGCUCGUUCGCUUCACCCGUGUUCUUGUCCAUCAAAAGUCAAUUUCCGUGGUGACAGCCAUGAAAAUCAGAAAUAUUCUCUUGGAGUCUGAAAAAAUCGAGAAAGUUUCCUUCCGCUCGCACUUUGAUGUCAAAAUCGAUGUUGUUCGCGUUUUUAUUCCGAACGCUGCCAAUGUGAAUCAAAAUACGGAUUUCAAUAAUUUCAACUUUUCAAGCUCGAGACAGGGUCUCAAAUUCGAAAAGAAAACCUAA